UUCACUCUCUGCUUAAUUAGGCUGCCACAGGAAAACGCUCAGGCCAAAAUUUAGCGGGAUUCAAGGAGGGAUUGGACAUUUGCACGGAUAACAAAAAUAUCCAGCUAUAACAGAGGAUGCCAACACAAAUUCUGGAAGGGAUAUUGAGCCUCACGCGUCAGGGUGUAAACCUAUCCCAAACUCUCAGCAAUAGGCAGAUUAACGGCAGGGCAGAUGACCCACGCACGCCGCUGCUACUGCAGCCACCAGCGGGCUGUCCCGUGCCCGCAGCCCCACUCUCCUGACUUGUGAAAAACACUGUGAAAUGCCUCAGGCACACCAGCCCCUUGCUCAGCAGCUCCCCAGGGCCGUGUGGCUCCUGGUGCCCUCACAUUGUUCACCUCUUCCAAACCUCCCUCCUCGGCCACCUGCGGUAAGAGCCGCAGCGCUGCGACCUGGAGGUCGGAGUACAAAGUCAGCACAUUUGGGGACAUGCCCCCAGCCAAGCCCCUCGCUCCCCUCUCGGGUCACUUGUUGCCCAAACCCACCUGUGCCUCCGGGUUUCAUCCCCCUCGUCGCCUCCCUGCUUUUGCUGGAAGGGGCUGCUCAGCCCCGGCGGCCCCGCGCUCGCACCAGAACCACCGAGCUGAGCCCCGGGGAUGCCGGGGACUCGUCCAGGGCCCCGUGUCAGUGGGAAUCACCGCCCCACACGCCCUCGGCUGAGGGGACCAGCCCUUACCCUCAGCCCCCGCGCGGCCACAAACCCAUGCUGGGGCUCGGAGAUGGGGGAAAUCUCCCCCUCGAGCCGCCCGUGAGCUGCGUGCAGGCACCUCUGCGCCCACCAAGGGCGCUGCCAUUUUGCAUCCCACACUGGUGCUUAACGUGGCGCUUGUGCCACUCCGGUCCCUGCCCGAUGGGAUGCUCGGAGACCUUGCUGUGACAGCGUGACAGGGGUGGCCGGAGCUCUCCUCCUGGUCGGGAGAUUCCUGUCACCCUGCCGAGGGCAACCCCGCCGGGGUCCCUCGGAUCUCCCCUCGCUGCCGAGCCCUGCACCCACAGGGGCUUCCAACUGGAGACAUUUCUGGAGGGCAUGAAUCAGCUUUUCACAGCUUGUUAAAAAUCUUGAUCCUACCUCUUGUUUUCAUGCCUUUCAAAUCAGGAAAUGAGUUUUACAACUUUUCCAGUGGGGCACAGCUGGUGGCCAGGGUCGUAAAGCUGAACUUUAUAAAUAUCUCUUGUUGGGAUCAGGGGAAGAGCAUUAAAAAGGCAGAGAGAGAGAGAGAGAGAGAGAGAGGGAGAAAGGGAGAGAAAAGGGAAAGGAGCAAAGGAGAGAGAGAGAAGAAAGGCAACUCGGCAGGACCGCGGGGAAGCCCAGCUCGACGACGGCCAUGGCCAUGAGAGCGCAGAAGCCGGCGUGCGCCUGGGGCAGGCUCUGCCUGCUGCUCUCCCUCCUCCUCCAGCUGCCGGGCUCCCAGGCCAAAUGCUACUUCCAGGCUAAAGCUCCCUGCGAGUACGAGGGGAAGCAGUUCUCCCUCGGGGAGUCGUGGCUGAGCACCAACUGCCUGCUGUGCACCUGCCUGCACCCCAUCGGCGUGGGAUGCUGCGAGACCACCCAGCACCCCAUCGACUUCCCCGACUGGUGCGAGGCCCACUACGACACGCAGACCUGCCAGAUCUCGGUGGUGCAGAAGGCCAACCCCAGCCUGCCGUGCGUGAAGAGCGUGGAGCACGAGUGGGGCUCGGCCGGCACCCCCGAGCCGCUGAGCAACAAGGUGCUGGGCGCGGGGCUGAGCGGGUAGAGGCCCCCGCCACCAGCCCCCCUCCUCCAGAGCGCACCUCCCGCAUGCUCCAGACCUGCCCCGUCCCGUAGAGACACCACUGCAGCCACCUUCCAGGGAAACCACUAUCCACACAGUAUUGUACUGAGCUAACAUUUACACCCUAGCGCUGCCACAGUACGGCUUUGCUUCCGCCUUCAGCUCCCCGAAGCGAGCCGGGGCCCCUUCCCAGCGCGAGGACGGGCCCUGAGCCCAGCUGCCCUUGGGAAUGCAGGUCCCAGGGGAUGUCCUCCCAGGGGUGCGGGGAACCCACAGCCCCCAAACAAAGAGCCACAGGACCAAAUCACCCCGCAUCCAGCUGCGAGCCGAGCAGCUCCCCCCACGACCCCCGUCCCCUCGCCAGGCAGCCACUGGGAGCCCACUGGGGAGCACGGUGGCCCUUCGAGCAGGACCCACGUGCCUUGGCCCAUCCCUUCUCUGUCCCGGAGCACGAGGGGCACAACCCACCUCUGGAACCACUAAUGCCCCUGCUCCUGCAGCUCCCGGGACAAGAAGGGACCCCCAGCACCGCUCGCCAGCCCCGGGCAACACUGCAGCAGAGCCAGCCCCGGCCAGGCAGCAGCGUGUCGGGCACGUGGGGACAACCGGUGGAAGAUGUCCCCAGGAGGAGCCCGGCCUCCCCGUGCCCGCUGCCCCGUCCCAGCUGCAGGGAGCCGGGUGCCCCGCUCGCGCUCAGGGAGCUGAAGCAACCUGCCUGUGCCCGGGUGGAGCCGGCCGCCCGGCAGCCUGCCCCGGCUGGUGCCA